UCGCCUGGGGGCCCGCGCCCUGAGGGGCCGGUCGGGGCGAGAAGGCGGCGGCGGGACCUGCGCGGCCGCUGCGUCCACCGCUCCCGGCCCGAGAGCCGUCUGUCUGUCGGGUCGGCCUGGCCGUGUGUGGUCCGCGCGGGGCUGCGGCCCUUUCCCAGCCGUGUCAGCCCGGAUCCGAGCGCCAGAGGCCCGUUCUGCAUCUGCUGUUGGGCCAGUGCGGCCCAGUGUCCGGUCGGCGGCCUUGACGCGGCAGGGACGGCCCGGGGGCCCGGCGCGGGAGACCCAAGGACAGGGGCCUUCUGGAGGGUCUGCCUCGCGGGACGAUUUCUUCAUCAUGCUAAGGAAGAACGAUUUCCUCCUUGGUAUAGCUGAUGGUACCAUGCAAAAAUCAGAUCCUUGGAAAGAUGGAGGAAUUAACAUACAGAGAAACUGACUUGUCAGAGGUCAGAGCAAGGUGUUGGUGGAACCAGGGAUAAAUCUCAAACCUCUUAACUCCUUGACCGGUUUUGAGUCCAUUGACUAUGCAGCCUAGUGUAAUAGAUUGGAAUGAUAGAAAACACAAAUAUGGUCACCUGUCAGAUUCUGCAUCCCAAUAUCAAGAAGCUGCUGACAUCCCGGAGCUAGGUCAUUUUACCUGGGACAAAUACCUAAAAGAAACAUGUUCAGUCCCAGCGCCUGUCCAUUGCUUCAAGCAGUCCUACACACCUCCAAGCAAUGAGUUCAAGAUCAGCAUGAAAUUGGAAGCACAGGACCCCAGGAACACCACAUCCACCUGUAUUGCCACAGUAGUUGGACUGACAGGAGCCCGCCUCCGCCUGCGCCUUGAUGGGAGUGACAACAAGAAUGACUUCUGGCGGCUGGUUGACUCAGCUGAAAUCCAGCCUAUUGGGAACUGUGAGAAGAAUGGGGGUAUGCUGCAACCCCCUCUGGGAUUUCGGUUGAAUGCCUCCUCUUGGCCCAUGUUCCUUUUGAAGACACUGAAUGGUGCAGAGAUGGCUCCUAUCAGGAUUUUCCAUAAGGAGCCACCAUCACCUUCCCACAACUUCUUCAAAAUGGGAAUGAAGCUGGAAGCUGUGGACAGGAAGAACCCUCAUUUUAUUUGCCCAGCCACUAUUGGGGAGGUUCGGGGCUCAGAGGUCCUUGUCACUUUUGAUGGGUGGCGAGGGGCCUUUGACUACUGGUGCCGCUUCGACUCCCGGGACAUCUUCCCUGUGGGCUGGUGUUCCUUGACUGGAGACAACCUGCAGCCACCUGGCACCAAAGUUGUGAUUCCAAAGAAUCCCUACCCUGCAUCUGAUGUGAACACUGAGAAGCCCAGCAUCCACAGCAGCACCAAAACUGUCUUGGAGCAUCAACCAGGACAGAGGGGGCGUAAACCAGGAAAGAAGCGGGGCCGGACCCCCAAGACCCUAAUUCCCCAUCCCAUCUCUACCCCAUCCAAGUCAGUUGAACCUUUGAAAUUCCCAAAGAAGAGGGGUCCUAAACCUGGCAGUAAGAGGAAACCUCGGACUUUGCUGAACCCACCACCCACCUCACCAACAACCAGCACCCCUGAACCGGAUACCAGCACUGUACCCCAAGAUGCUGCCACCAUCCCCAGCUCAGCCAUGCAGGCCCCCACAGUUUGUAUCUACUUGAACAAGAACGGCAGCACAGGCCCCCACUUAGAUAAGAAGAAGGUCCAGCAACUCCCUGACCAUUUUGGGCCUGCCCGUGCCUCUGUGGUGUUGCAACAAGCUGUCCAGGCUUGCAUCGACUGUGCUUAUUACCAGAAAACUGUCUUCAGCUUCCUCAAACAAGGCCAUGGUGGUGAGGUUAUCUCAGCCGUGUUUGACCUGGAACAGCACACCCUCAACCUCCCAGCAGUCAGUAGCAUCACCCACGUCCUCCGCUUCCUGGAGAAACUCUGCCACAACCUUCGUAGUGACAAUCUGUUUGGCAACCAGCCCUUUACACAGACUCACUUGUCACUCACUGCUACAGAGUACAGCCACAGCCACGACAGGUACCUACCAGGUGAAAUCUUUGUCCUGGGGAAUAGUCUGGCCCGGUCCUUGGAGCCACACUCAGACACAAUGGACUCCACUUUGAAUCCCACCAACCUUGUCAGCACCUCCCAAAAUCUUCGAGCUCCUGGGUACCGGCCCUUGCUUCCAUCCUGUGGCCUCCCACCAAACACGGCCUCAGCUGUGCGCAGGCUGUGCUCCAAGGGGUCGGAUCGAUACCUGGAAAGCCGAGAUGCCUCUCGACUGAGUGGCCAGGACCCCUCCUCAUGGACAGUCGAGGACGUGAUGCAGUUUAUCCGGGAAGCUGAUCCUCAGCUUGGAUCCCAUGCUGACCUCUUUCGCAAACACGAGAUCGAUGGCAAGGCCCUGCUUCUGCUGCGCAGUGACGUGAUGAUGAAGUACAUGGGUCUGAAGCUGGGGCCCGCACUCAAACUCUGCUACCACAUUGACCGGCUGAAGCAGGGCUCUUUUGCAGCCCGGACCUCAUCUGUAAGAAUGGGAGUCCCCAGCACAGCUCCUUGCCCUAGCCAGAACUGCUGCCGAAGAAGAUUGGGCCCAAUGAUUUUAGGCCAAGAAUGCCCUAAGGUAGAUGGGAGGGAAGGGUCUCCAGGUCGGAGUUGGUUCUACGCACUCCACUGUCCAUAUGCUUCCUUAUAAGCAAGUCAGCAGGACAGCUGCUCCCACUGCCAUCUGGUCUAAUUUUAUGUUGAUUUGUUUAUAAAUAAAAACCAGUAUAGA